AUGUCUCAACCCAAGCUAGAGCUGCCCUCGGGGCAGACGUCGGUGUCGGUCAAGAUGAUCAACCCGGUCAACUUUGGACCAGCAAUUCUCAAGAGAUUCAUGGCACCAGACGUACCAGGCCUCGAGACCUUCCCCACCUCUCCAUCAUUGUCCUUCCUCAUUGAACACCCCUCUGGUCGCAAACUGGUCUGGGAUUUGGGCAUUCGGAAGGAUUACGCCAACUACGCUCCCACCAUUGCCGGUUAUAUUCCAACAACGGGCUACAAAAUUGAGGUCACCAAGAGCGUGGCGGAAAUUCUCGAGGAAAACGGCAUAGCGGCAAAGGAGAUUGAGGCUGUAAUUUGGAGUCACUGGCACUGGGACCACAUUGGCGACCCAUCUACUUUCCCCCCUACUACGGACCUGGUUGUCGGUCCAGGUUUCAAGGAUGCCAUGUUGCCGGGUGCGCCGGCCAACCCUGACUCGCCCUUGCUGGAGAGUGACUAUACGGGCCGUAACCUGAGGGAAAUCUCAUUCAACAGUACUGACGCUCGGCAUCUCAAAAUUGGUGAAUUCCCAGCUUUUGACUACUUCGGAGACGGGUCGUUCUACCUGCUGGAUAGUCCUGGACACGCUGUUGGUCAUCUCUGUGGGUUGGCCCGUACAACGACAUCACCCGCGACGUUUAUCCUCAUGGGUGGCGAUGUUUGUCACUAUGCCGGGAUCAUGAGACCCUCAGAGUAUCUCCCCGUACCCCAGUCCAUCUCACCACACCCUUGCCGCCCGCAGGAUUGUAACAGCAUGCUGUGCCCGGGCGGCGCUUGGGAUGAUUUGCAGCGAUCUCGAGGCCGGCAGCCCACUGACUCCCUUUACGUGGCCACGUUCGGACUAGACGUGCCUUUGGCCAUGCGAACCAUCGGGUCACUGCAGCAACUUGACUGCAAUGACAACGUCUUCGUGAUCAUUGCACAUGACUCAACGGUUAGAGAUGCCGUCCCUCACUUUCCUCUGGACCUGAAUGAGUGGAAGAAGAACGGAUGGGGCAAGGCUGUGAAAUGGGCCUUUCUUCGAGAUCUGAAAGUAUACUGGGAGUCAAAGGGCCUCGCUUAG